AACCUUUGGUUUUUCAUGCAUUUCUUAUGUUGUGAAUACUUGAUUUAAAUACUGCCUGAAAUUGAAGGUCUACUUAAAUUAAUAGUAAAAUUUCAUAUAAUUCUCCUGUCUUCUCUGGUGAGCACUUAAUAUUUUGCUCUUAGGAUAAUUCAGAGGCUUCAGGUUUUGUACUGCACGCAAGGGUUUUUGUUUUGGGUUUUGCUCAAAAUAAACAAUAUACACUUUUAGUCAUUGUGGCCUACAUAUUCAAGUGGCUUGAGGCCUAAAUGAUGUAAUGACUUGAAACAACAAACAAAAAAAUAUGUUUUAGAAACAGAAAAGUUUUGCUUCAGAGUGUACCUCCAGUACUUAAAGUAAUUAAUUUUGUUGACUAAUGUUUUUUGUUGAACAUUAGCAGCCUGGAGUGUGUGAGGGGAGGGGAGUGGGCUAAGAGGGAAAAAAUGGAGGUGAAGCAUGGAGAGAUCAUGAUCAUCUAUAUGGUGGCUUGAGAUACAUUCUGUCUUAAAUGGCUUUUUGUUGUCACUGUUCUGCAUCGUGUAUUCCUGGUGACCUCCAGGUGGUGCUUUUUUAUUGCUCUGCUUUCUGUAAUACCUGUGGUCUGGAAAACUUGUCCUUUGUGAUUCUCUGUUUCAGUGAUAAUUUCUUCAAAUUAUGCUUCUAAUAAUGAUGUGUCUUUUCUAUAUGAAGAAAGAAAAAAAAUCAAAAGUAACAAUAAAUCUUGCAUACAUUUUUAUUGUUUGUAAUGGAAGGCUGAUAAAGACAAAAUAUAUUUGCAGGAAACCUGAACCAUUAUUUCUAGGUGUAGUAUACAUGGAAGUUUGUGUGUUGAGAGUGAGUUUUAAAAUGUUUAUGAUACCCUUAAAAAAUUGUGUUAGUGCCUGUUUCUCUUCAUGACUAUAAAAGAAGCCUAAGAUGAGUUGCUUUAUAUAUAGACAUGUAUAGUGUAAGUGUAUCUCUUUCUACAAUCUAUGCAAGUUUUUUAUGUCAUACAGAUGAUAACAUAUCUAUAAUAGUAGACAAAAUUAUGGGUGUCUCUCUCCUAAUCAGCCGUGCUGAAGGAGAAAUUACUGAAAUAAAUAUUUGAAUAUUUGGUUGUGUGGGUUUUUUUGUUUUUUUUUUUUUUUUUUUUUUUUUUUCCCCAAUUAGAUGUGUCUGUUAUUUCUGGAGCUCUGUAGGUGCACUAGGUUACUGUUGCUAGUGUUGCUUUGACUGAGCACUCUUUUAAUUACCAAGUGGCACAGGAAGUCCAUAGAACAGCACUGGCAACCAGCUCAGGUUCCCCAAGGAAAGGAGCAGCACAGUGAGAUGGGCUUUAUAACCUCUGUGGUUGCAAGGUGUUUACAGGAGUAGUAUAGAGAUUCUGUAUGACGAGGCAGUGUAGGAUAGCUUUCUCUGAAGUAGAAGCAGCCUGAGCUGAUAGAGGGUUUUGUUUUUUUCUUCUAUGUUAACAUGCCACUGGAUUUGUUGAGAAAAAGAUGUACCCAAGAUGAAUAUUCUUUUGCUGCUUAAAGCAUGCUUUUUUCAAGACGUGGUGGUGUGUUUGUUUCCUUUUUUUUCCAGUUUUGGUAGUGAAAUAACCAAGAAAAUCCAGAAACAGUAUUUUUUUGUUUUGUUUAUUUUUCACACGUCAAAUAGAGUUACAGUGAUUCCAUGAUUGAUGGAGUCUUGUAUUUGGAAACUGCUGGACUCUAUGGUUUUGUUUCCUUAUUUUAGCUUCAAUAAAUAAACAGUGUUCGUGAUAGUGGAAAGCCUGCACACUGGUGUGAUGGAGUUCAUAUUUCUUGUUUUAUACUUUUCUUUUUUUAUCUGCCUCUGUGCUUUGGUGUGCCUGUAUUUUUCUGGCUGCCAAGAAAUGACAUAUAAGCAUGAAGGUAAGAAGUUACUGAUUAGCUCAUCUGAUUGCAUUACAAGGAAAUUAAUCUUCAAUCAUUUUUACAAUGUUAGAUUAAGUACUUGAAAAUGAGAUAUUUAAAUGUGAAGUGAAACUAUUCUCGCAACAGAAAAAUCAGAUUAUUUACAUGCAAUUGUAUCUAGACCAAACCAUUAAAAAUAUGAGCGUAUAUUGAAAUUUGCAUAUAAUAUAGUCUAUGUGUCAUUAUUGAUUUAUAAUAUUCUAAACUUCAAUGUUUAUUGAGCACCACACUUCAGUAGAAGCAUUAAUACUUGAGUUAUAAAGCCCUAAUGCAUAAUUUUACUUCAAAAUUAUGUUAAAACAUUGAUAUAAAUCCACAUGAAAAAUACUUGCGAUUAAAUGCAUGGCAGUAGUCAGUUGAAAUUAGAAUUUAAAUCAGAAUUUUUCAGCAAUUUAAAUGACUCUUCUCAGUUAUGAAGUUAUGAUUUAGAAGUAACAACUGUACAAAUCAAUAGAAAAGAAUCUUUGUUAGUUGAGAAUGUCCCCAUUUUUACGAAAAGUUUGAAUGAAACUUGAAUGAAAAUAGUGUAUAGUUAUGAAAAUCCAGUUAGUAUUGUAUGUGUUUGUAUAUAGCUUUCAAAACCCAUUAUGAUUCAGCUUUUGAGCUAUAUAUGGAAUCUCCCUUGGACUUGGUGUAUAUAUCUAUGCCUUAUUAUUUAUUACAAAGUUUAUUGACAAGCUUUGUAUGAAUCAAAUUAUUUUUUCUCUCUACAGCUGUUCCCUUACCAGUUAUUUUGUUCUGGAUUUGCUGUGAAUCACUUCUUGUAGCUAGUUGCUUCAGAUACUAGGUGAUCAACAAUAAAACCAGCUAUUCUGUAAUUACGUCAUGAAGCAAUUUAUGCAUAUGCAAUUAAUAUACAAUGGCUAAAUACCUUAUCUCUAUUUGUAUGGAAAGUAUCUGCUCCACAGAAGGAUAAAUGUACAGCUUCUCUGAAGAAGGAGUUGUUAAAAACAAAUAAGUGGUUCACUCCUAAAUCCAAAUAUUAAAUGCAGUCUGUAUAGCAUUUAACUGUUUUUUACUUUUAACUCUCCUUAAGUGUCGGGGUUUUUUAGCAUGAUGGGAAAUAUUAAUUGUCAUCAUAAUUCCCUCCCAUCUAGUGACUUAUAUGCAAAUUAUUUUCCCCUACUUUUGCUACUAGUGAAAUGUUUAAAUGCAAGUAUCUUCUUUCAAAAUAAUGGCAUUGCUUUAAGUUUCUUCUCAAACCUAUAUACAUUUAUGUAAAAUCAAACCCACUAUUGUUCUACUAUUGUUUUUUCACUCCGUGAAACAGUGUGUGUGGGUGGGUGCACGCAGGGUCAAAGGAAGAUACAUACUUAACCUAAGUUAUUUACAAAAGUGAAUGUACAGAGCAGGUAUUGCAAAAAAACCUCAUGUAUGAUAAGUCUUAAUGUCAGUUUUAACUAAGCUGCUGCUGACCUUCAUGGUACUGUGUACUCUGUGCCAUAUAUAUGAUAACAAAUUUUGUUCUCCUUGUUUUAGAAGUGCCAUCUGCCAGCCUUUUCAAGGUCAAGACUUGACUCUUAAUUACUUUGUCAGAACCUCAAGCCUGUACUUCAUCACAGGUGUUGGUUGAGCUUUCUUCAAGUGCUUUUGUCAUAUUUGACAAAAUACUUCAUCACAGGUUUUGGUUGAGCUUUGCUCAAGUGCUUUUGUCAUAUUUGAGGCCAACCAUGCUUGAAGCAGGAGGCAUGAGCAGGGUCAGGUCAUAUGUUCUUCAGUCCUCUGAGUUGUUUGUCCUUGGCUAGGUUCCUCCAAACCGUGGGCUUCUUUUUCUGAGUCGCAUCCACAGACAAGCUGGUACAGGCAGAAGAGCAGGAUAUAAAAGUAUUGACAUAAGAGUCUGUGUGCAGCUUUGUUUUGGGUUUACUCUCAGCAUCUUCCAUUAAAAAGUAUUUGCACUGCAAAAUGAGGAUGUGGUCUUCAUGAAAUUCAUUUGGUUAUUGGUUACCUGCCAUCAACAUCUUUACCUCCACAUUAUCUACCUUAAUCUUUAUGAAACUCUAUCUGCUCAUAGGUUUGGAGUCAGAAAGGAGUACUUCUUGAUGAGUUGCCCUGGAAACCCAAAUUGUACAUUUGUCUUUAGCCCUAUUUUCAACUCCGAAUAUUGUAGUGUUACUGUUGGGUGAUUGUAGGCUUCAACCAGUAUUCAGUGUGGUAGAAAUGCUGGAUGGGCCAUCUCCCAGGGACUAAUUACUCCUCAGUUUUUGUGGUAAACCUUUGUACUUAAGAGAGAGGAGUCUGAAAUAUUUGUAAUUAGAGUGUGAGAAUGCAUUACCUUUCUGAAUAAGUCUUCAUAUAUCUAGAAUAGAUCUUAAACCUGUUCCCUAUGUCUUUUGUUAAGUCGGUCAGAAUGGUGAACAAACUAGUGUAGCAUGUGAAUGCUGGAGGAAAGGAUUAAAUUAUCCCGGGGAAGUGUUUGUCUUAGGUGCCUUAGUCAUAGCUCUGCCUGGUGAAAGGAUCACAGCGCUUCCUAAACAACUGAGAGAAAUGUGUCUUUACAAGGUUUUACUACUAUAACUGUGAUCCUUUUGCUUUCUUGUGAAUACACUUAAUAGUGGUCUAGUAGCUUGCAAAAGAAAGGUUGUUUCUAAAGAUCAUUUGGAAGCUCUUUGCCUUCUGUGCUGCAUCGUAUUUAUCUGUAUCCAUAUAGAUAAGCAGUUUAUUUGGAAAAUAUGUGGCAUUUGAUUUUUUUUUUUGUUUGUUUGCUUAGCAUCCUUUCAGAAGGAGAUUUUAGUAGAAACAGUUUAAAAAUGCAUUGUGAAUGAAAUUUUAAAAUUAUUGUUAUUUGAAGGGGUCAUCUUAAAUGAAGUAAUUAAGUGGUUCAGAACAGGGCCUUGAAGCUGUCUUUGGUUGUUUGAGUGGGAUUAGCUGUACUGUGAAACUAUGAUGGAGUUGUUAAUGUACGAGCGAUGAGACUGUGACCUGGUGGACCAUGGUAACCAGGGCUGCAGACCGUAGUUGGAGUGCAUGGUGUCAUGCGUGCAGAAACCAAGUCACACCGACAAGCUUGAUUUUAUGGUACCACCUAAGCCAAGACACAGCGUUUUGGCUGUUGAUGAGAACUGUGCUGAACCAAAAGGAUAUAUUAUCUAUCUAGAUGGAUAGACAGAUUUUUCUUCAUCUUCUUAAAGCCAUGUGUCCCCACUAUUGUCUCUGUCUAGUGUGCUUCAUAACCUGAUCCUAUUAUUGUAGCAAUACUGUUUGUUUGGGUUUAUUUUUGUUGUUUUCUUAUUUUUCCUGCUUCUCUGAAUUGUUGGAUUAUUAGAACACUUUUAUGUUGUAAAAGUUGGGCUUUCUAUUGAUUGAUAACAGUUAACUUUUGUUAUUUUUAUUUUGGAAGGAAAAAUACUUGAAAAAUUGUUUUGCUUGUUAAAAGCUUAAAUGUUUGGGUUUUUUUAACAGUGUAAUUUUCCAUAGAAAUUUACAACUUUCUGAGCAUAUGUUAGGAAAAUUAUGGAAAGGGGGUUCUUAAAAUGGUGAAAGAAUUAUUGGAGUUGCCAUAUUUUAUAGAAAAUAUAAUAUUUUUCACAAUGAGUAUGGUACUGUUCACUUCUGUUAGCUACUAAUUUUCUCUAGUCUUUUGUAAACACACAUUUAAUUGAUUACAUUGUGUAAAAUUUUUUAAAUCUGCAUUGAAGUGCUAGGUUACCCCAAGCAUAGUUUUUUGGUUUUGUUUUUUUUUGUUGUUGCUGUCUGUUUAGUCAAAAUAUUGGAGCAAACUUUUGAAAAAAAUGUAGAAUGAUGAUAUUGGAAAAAUAAAUGGAAAUCAGCAUCUUAUAGCAAGUAGGAUUUUGCAAAAUAGAUACGAUAAAUUAAUCUCUUUUUCUUUACUUUGAUGAAAUUUGUUCCACAUUGUACCUUGGAAUUUGCUUUCCUUUUUUUUUUUUUUUUCCCCAUAUCUUAAGGGUUGCAUUUUACUGGGCUACUUCUGAAUAAAUAUUCUAUUCCUCAACUGUGAAUCUUGUAAGAUCUUUAUUAUUUUGGAAAUCAGCUUUUAUGCUUUUGCUAAAGCAUUAUUCUAUUGGCAAUUACCCAGUGCUAUGUGCAGUACUUAUUCAAAUGAUGUUGAGAAAGUAGCUCCUUUAAUCAGUGAACAAUGGUUUACAGUGGAAACGUUUUUCUUCCUAAAUACUAAAAUAGUGGUCAGAGAGACCUUGGCUACUCCUUACUGAGUCACUGGGGUUUUCCAACUGUUUUGCUAGUAACUAAGAAAAACUCACU